GGUGGUCCCUGGCUCGCUCGCGUCCAUUCUUUCCGGGCAUCGCCGUGCACCUCGCCGCUACGCCGCCGGGCCUAUUUUAUACCCCUCCCCGGCCUCGCCAUUCCUCAUCACAAGCGAAGCAGAGCACAAGCAACAAGAAGCACCACACCUUCUUCAGCGCCAGUUCCUGCUCGUGAUCAACACAAGGAUCAGCAUGGCUUGCUGCAGCGGCAACUGCGGGUGCGGCGCCGGCUGCAAGUGCGGCACCGGAUGCGGCGGCUGCAAGAUGUCCCCUGACGUGGAGGCCACCUCCACCACCACCACCAUGGUCAUCGCCGCCGCCACCAGCAAGGCGAGCUCCGGCGGGUUCGAGGCGGCGACGGAGAGCGGCGGCUGCGACUGCAGCACCUGCAAGUGCGGCACCAGCUGCGGCUGCAACUGAGGCAGCGCCGCGAUGGAGCGUACUAUAUAGUAGCAGGCCAGCGUUUAAAUAAGAUCUUGAUUGGCAACUGAAAAUUGUGGUCAACUGAACACUACUGUAUCAAGGAAAUUGAUGCGCCUGCCUGUUGGGGAAGAAGUUACAUGCCCCCUUGAAAUGAAGACAUUACUACAGUUUGGCUAA